AUGAAUAUGAAGUUAGAAGACGAGUUAGAAAACAGUGGGUUCUCAAUCGGAUGGGUACUGAGAAAACUGAAUGGUUACUGUGAUGAUUAUCUACUACGAAAAGGCAGCAAACAAGUUGUGAAUGUAAGUGUUAACUCUAAAAAUUUGUUUAUAGAGGGGGCGCUGGAACAACUUUUAACUUAAAAUAAUGUUAAAACACUGUUAAAACAUUAUUUUAAGGCUUCUUUUAUUGUAAAAAUUCUUUUUGUAGUAGAAAUUAAAUGGAUUUAUCUUUUGCAACAUUUAUUUUCAGAUAGAAGCCAGAGAUGUUGCUGACGGCAAAGGAUAUUUAUCGAGUGUUUUCAUUACAACGGUAACUUUUGAUGACAAAAGCAAAUUUACAUUUGCUAUUAAAGUGCCUACAUUUGAGCGGGUGUUCAAGAUUAUUGAGGAUAUGGAAGGAACGACAGAGGUAAGAGAUUUUAUGAUUUAUAAUGUUCAUGUAGAUCGACAUUUAUAAGUUAUAUUACUAGUCUAUAUUUAUAGUAUACUGUGCUGUAUACCUUAGCUACACGUACAUAUAACCUAGAAUUCAACACAAUUUUAAUAUAGGAUUAAAACUUAUCUUUAGGAUUCAAAAGAAGGCCUUAAAGACAAAGUAAAAGCUGCCCAUAACAUUGAAUGCGAUGCCAUUGCCUUCGUAUCUAGUUGUAAAGAUUUUCCAUCGCCCAAAGUUUACUAUGUAGAAAAGUCGGGUCAAGAUAUGGAAUGUGGACUGCAAGACAAGGUAUCACCAGGUGUUAUCAUUAUGAGUGCUCUUGAUGGCAUUUCUUUGGGAGGUUAUGUUACAGUAACCAAAGAACAGUGCUUAAAUUUUGCUAGAGACUUUGCUACUUUGCACGACUUUGUUGCCACAGUACCGUACAAUGUGUGGGGAGGGAAGUUUGACAACAGAAUCCACUGGGAUCCGUUAAUGUUUGAGAAUGCGAAGGCUUGUUUGAAUAUCUUUGUGGAGGAGUAUCCAGGUAGGUUAAUAUUAUUGGUUUUAGAAAGACUAAAAUUUGAUUUUUUAUUAUAUAAUGGUCGAAAAGUCUGGAGUAUUUCUAAAAAUUUUUAUUUUUUGAUUAAAACAGGAAAACGAAAAAGCUGUUUUGUGCUAAAAAUAUUGUUGUAGAUGUAGCCAACAUCUGUGCCAAGCUAAAAACAGUCAAUUGGCCCAAGUACGUUGACUAUGCUUUACAUGAACGACCAGCUGAAUUACAUGCUAAAACGUAUGUUCACGGUGAUGUGUGGGCCAAUAACAUAAUGUACAAGAAGAAUUCGGAUGGAAGUGUGGGUGAUGAAGUUUUAGCUUACAUAGAUUAUCAAUGCGGGUUUGAGGGUGAGUUUUGAGGAGGUAUAAGGUUAUAUUAACUGUUUUUCAUGGAGAAUUUUGAGGUUUACUUAAUUAAAUUUGCUUUGGUCAAGGGUCAGCGGGCAAUUUUUGGUUAGGUGAGGUCAAACUUAUUUUGGGAGAUUUGCUUCUCUUCUUUUUCUUCUUCUUUUUCUUUUAUCUUUAGACCUUAUUAAGCCUGGCUGCUAUUUUUGAUAUUAAUUCUUGUUGGUUCUUCUUCAGGUCUAUGACGUUUAAUUUAUACUUUUUUAAAGUCAAAACAACAUUUUUUAAUGUGAUACUUUAGGAAAUCCAAUGUUUGAUUUUGCUCGUUUCUUCUCAAUCAACGCCGAUGCCGAAGUACGACGAGAAGUGUACAAAGCAGCUUUAAAAGUAUAUUACGAGAGGUUAACAGAGCUGUAUGCACAACGAGGAGCUAAAGUUCCUUAUGAUCUUGAAGCGGUGAGAAUUUUUCAAUUAUUUGUAUUAUAUUGUUCAAAUAAUUGUGUGCCCUCUCUUAAAAAAUAUUUUUGUGGUUAAGGGGCACAUAACUAUCUGAACAAAAUAACAUUACUAAUACCAAUAUAUAUAUACACAAUUAUACAUAUAUACUUUUAAAACUUUUUUAGGUAAUAAACUAAAUUUUUUUAAUUUUAUUUUUCAUUUGUAUGUAGGUAGAAGAAAUGUACGAACUUGCUUUCAUGCAACAAUCGACUCAGUCCGCUUCGAUGGUGCUAUCGUUGAACAAAGAACACAAUGGUGACAUGGCAGAUGGUGUAGCUGAAGCUCGAUCUGCCAAGGCUCUCCUAAGAGUACAUUUUAUACUUUUGGAUGCUGAAAAGAUAUGGCAGAAACGGAAUUUUGAUGAUCUGCCUAUUUUUGAUUGA